UGAAGUGAGCUGAAGUGAUCUGUGAACUGAAAAAAUCAGUAUUGGGUUUGGGAUAUGGGUAUAACGAACAUUUGUUAUUGUUUUAAAACUAAAUGAAAAUAGAAUCUCGAUGAAGAAUUUUUAAAUAUUUAUAAUGUAAAACCGACCCGUGCGUGUGUUUUUACUAUUCAUUUGAUUACAUUUUGUAUAAUAAUUCGAAUAUCAUAUAUGAUCCGAUAACAAAACACCAUGUCUAUGCGAAGAUUUUAUUUCAUAUUAUCUUUGUGUAUAUCAAUUUUUUGGUAUUUUCCUUUAACUUGGAACUUAACUUUUAUUGGAUUAUUUAGCUUGUCAGUAAUCGUGGCAAUCUUCGCAUUUACUCUUUUGGGCCAUGUAUCACUGUCUUCUCCUCAUCAAACAUCGCUUUUUAUAAUAGAUAGUAUUGAAAAGGAAGCUCGAAUGUUGGAAUCCGCAAUAAAGGAGGAGCAAAGCAAUUGGUCUUAUUCAAGUAAAAAGCCACAUUUGCCUGUGGUUUUUGGGCGAACAGUUGAUAGCCAAUUGCAGCAGUUAAUAGACUACUUUCUUAGAGAUUUUGUGACAAGAUGGAUAAAAGAACUCUCUCAUAAACCGGAACCUGUUAUUGAAAAAUUUAAAGAACACAUUUGGGGAGGUGUUCAAAAUUUGUAUGAGAGAAUGUUGAGAGUAGAUGCUGAAAAACUUUUGGCAAAUGAUAUGGUGACAAAAAUUACCCAGCACUUUGAGAGGAUAAGAAUUGCAAAAAGUUGUGCAUUGGAACUUAAUCAACCGCCAGUUUUUGCUUUAUUGCCUCAUUUAAUGUCUUUUGAUACGGAACUACAUUAUCUUCGACAAAUAAGUGAAAUGAUGGUUAUGUUUUUGAUGCCUAGAUGCUACUCUUUAACACCAGUUUCUCAUUUACUUAGAGAAGUGCUUGCGUGCAAAAUUCUUCAACCUGCAAUAGAUCUUAUAACAGAACCUGAUUAUAUAAAUCAAAAGAUUAUACAGUAUUUAGAAGCACAAAAGGAAGUGGAUGCUAUGCAUGUCCGAACCCAUGAAUAUGCCAAAACAUUUGAAGAUUAUAUUCGCCUUAUUAAUAACUGCAAUAACAUUGAUACACUUAAACGUUUGAGGUAUGACAUAGUAACACAGAUCAUGCAAGCAACAACUCUGCAAAAUAUUAAACGAGCCAAAGGUGUUGAUAUAGAAGUGAUUGAUAAGAGCGGAAACCAGCACAAUGUUAGCCGGCAACAAGUGGCUGAUGCAAGGAAACUAAAGAGAUACAUUGACCAAUUGACAAUUGCUAAAGCAGAGUGUGAGGCUGCAUUACAGAGCUUGGGGUGGGAUGGUGCUUUUCCUACUGUGGAAUCUGAUAGCAAGACAUUGCCUCUACAUAAAAUAUUGGAGAGUGUGACUGGGAGGAGGUAUCUUUCAAUGUUUUUGGAGACACUUUGCUCGCAAGGUCUUGUUGGGUUCUGGACAGCAGUGGAAGAACUGAGGCAUAGUCCAAGAAGUAGUUGGCAUCAGCUCGGCGCUGAAAUUUUUUAUACUUACAUAAGAUCUCCGAGUGCUGAAAUUAAAGUUGAUAAGGAAACAAGGAAAAGAAUGGAAUCGUUUUUAUUAGGUGACACUGGGCCAGAAGUAUUUUAUGAAGUCCAGGACACUGUAGUGGAUACAAUUCAAGAGAAAUAUUAUCAUUCCUUUUUGCUUAGUGAUCAAUAUAAGGCAUUAAAUGCUGAACUUGCUACAGAAGAGGCUAAUAAAGAAUUAAUAUCAGAGAGGUCCCCAAUUGAAGAUCGACAGCUGUCAAAUGAAUCGGUAUCAUCGGCAGAAAGUGUUGGUGGUACUGUACAUUUAAUAGAACAUUCUACUUAUGCCAGGAGGAAACUCGAUCAAUUGCAAGAGCGACAUAAUAAUAAAACACAGGCGUUAGCAGCACUCCGGGCGUCGCUGAAACCGGAGUCGCCCGCGCUAACCAUGCUCGCUAACGAGGUGGAGCGGCUCGCCGGCGAGCAGAUGCGGCUCGAGGCGCACCUCGCGCGCACCGACACGUGGGCGGAGCACCUGGGCCAGUGGCGCGCCAGCGUGCACAGCGCUGAGAUUAUUGAUGAAUCAAAACCACCCCAGUUUGUGAUAGUUGUUCAUAUGGCUGAACAGGACCCAAGCAAUGAAGACAGACCUGAACAGAUCACCACUGGGUGGGUGCUUUUGAGGACACUCAAUGAGUUUCAGGAACUUCAUCGAAAAUUAAGGCCUAUGUGUUCAGAACUAAAAAAUCUAGAGCUUCCUUCCAAUUCUUUUAAAUUUAUAUUUGGAAAAAAUGACAAGAAUUCGUUAGAAAAGGCGAAAAUUUUGAUACAAAAGUAUUUAGAGUUUGUUUUAGAAGACGAUAGAUUGAAUCAAUGUGAAGCGCUUUAUACCUUCUUAAACCCUAGCUCUGAGUACCUUAAACAAGGUGACUUACCAAAGAAAAAUAAGUUUUCAUUCUCUACAUUGUUCAAAAGCACCAGUAGUGAUGGAACAAAUCGAUCGUCUCAAGAGAAAGAAGCGUACCCGCAUAUAUCGGCUGACGAAGACGAGAUAUCUAUGUACCUGGAUGGGAACGGCGGCGAUAAUGCUGGCAAAAACGUUACUAAUUCUUUGAGAGGCACCGGACCAAUAGGCGAAGAAAGGGACAGCAUAGCGGAACCGCUGUACGCUCUGCUCAGCGAAGUGUUCGAUAUGCGUGGUGUGUUCAAGUGGCUCAGGAAGACUCUGGUUACUUUCGUGCAAAUCACUUAUGGACGGACUAUAAAUAGGCAAAUAAAGGAGACGAUAUCAUGGUUGUUCUCAGAGCAGAUGUUGCAUUACUACAUUAGUAUAGUUUUGAAAUCGUGGUGGCCGGGCGGCGUUCUCAGUGAAACUACCUCCAACCGAAAUAUUAGAGAUAAAGAGCACACGCGAACGCUGGCGCUCGCGCAGGUCAGCGAGAGCGUGGUGGGCGCGUUCUCGUCGCUCGUCGGCGCGCACGCGGCCGCGCGCGGUGCUCACAAGCUGUUCUACACGCUGCAGAAUAGCACGCACAAUAAGCAGCUCUUCUAUGAAAUCUUCGAGCUGGUUCUUCUAGAAGUAUUUCCCGAGCUGAAGCGCUACCACACGGCGUCGCUCAACGAAGCCAAAGCGUAUCGACAAUAGAUAAGUGUAAUCUGAUAAUAAUGCUUACAGGGAUGCUGUCGACAGAUGCUAUUUAUUUUAUUUUUCUACUCCUAAUUUUAUAUUUUCUUAUCUGUGACGACUUAUGUACGUACAAAGUACGUAUGUGUUUAACUUCGGCUAUCAAGCUGCAAGCACUCGACCGAUCUCAUUUUUAAUGACUUUUAAUGAAAUAUAAUGCUAUAUGUUGCUGUGUUAGUCUAGAAUAUUGGUCACAAUAUUGUUUUAUAUAUUUCGUACUCAGAAAAAUCAUUAAGCUCUUAUAUGACACUUAAUUUAGUGAAACUUUACUAGUGUCAUGGUUUUCUUAUCGUUUUAUUGUGUCGUUUGUUUCACUAUUAACUGCAUGUAUAUUCCACUUUUAAAACAAACACGUUUCCAUUAUAGUCUCAGUUUUAAACCAAACAGUAUACACACAAGAAUCUCUUAAACUUUAACAGAUAAAUGUAGAAUGUAUAUGUAAUAGGAACGGUCGGUUAUUUUAAAAAAUAAGUAGUUCGGUCGUGUUUCAUUUUAUGAUCGAUGUUGUAGUUUUUAUUGAUAUAAUGAUCACAAUCUAUUAAGUAGUUACUACGUAAACAAUAUGACGUGUUAUAUGUUGUCAAUAUUUUGCUGACAUAUCAAUAUUAACGGGACUUUUAAUGAAUUUUUAUAGCUACAUUUAGUUUCCGAUUACUUAAUAUGUGCCAAGACAGCUAUUCUAUAAAUUUCAUGGUAAUUUUGUUUUAUUCUAUAAAACGUCUUUACAAAUGUAUUAUCAAUUUGUCAGGAUAUUUUUUUUCAGAGAUAUGUAGUUCAAAUGGGGACUGAUUUAAAUGUAUUUAUUUUUAUUUGAAAACAUUUGCUUUGGAGUGACGUUUGAAAUUGGUCGAAUUAAUGAUCCAUGAGUUAUCCAUAAUUUAGUAUGAAAUUGUAUUGUUUUAGAUAUUAUUAUGAGCAUAUUUAGCAAAUCGAAACAUAUGACGUACCUGACUGUUAUUUUUUGUAGUUGUGAUAUGUCGCUGAAAUUCAAAAUUUUAAACAUUGUUGUGAUAACAAGAUAAUCAUGAAUGUUGACUGAACCUUAAGAAUUAUUAAAAAAUGUUGAAAGAAUAGAUCAUUUAAAUAAUAUAACUUGAUGAUAUAAAUGCGAAUGUGGUAUAAUUGCGAUUGGCGGAUAUUUCCCAUUUUCUAAAUAAAGUCUCAUUCAGAUUCAGUUAUAAUAUUAAUCAGAUUUUGUUAUAUGCAUAUUGUGUGCAUAUAUUUAAAUGGCAAGGAACAAAUUAAACAUGUUUUACACAUUAUGAUUUUUUAGGACGUAAGAUGAAUUACCUGAAGUUUCAUUGAACUCAAUUCAUUUUAAUAAAAAAAACCAAAUUCCGAUAUUUCAGUAUUGAUAAAUAAAUGUAUAUUGUUUAAACAAUUGAAUAAUUUUAACAUGAAGCGGGUUUAGAUCAUCCUACUUAUACAUAAUAGGUCGAUUUGCCGAUCAGUUAGUAGUUGCAUUUAAUGUCGAAAAACUCUAAUAAUAAUUUUUUACAUCAUUUUUUUCUCUUAGCCCAGUAACAAACGUUAAAGUUACUUUUAUUGAACCAAAAAUGUAUCCUAAUAUAAAAGUAUUUAAAGUUAGUUAUCCUAAUAGUAAAAGAGGCAAAGCUUUCAUUUCCUAACAAGUUGUUUCAUGAUUAUUUUACAUUCUUAUUUAAUAACUAUCCCACGUUUUCUAGUCGUUAAUGUAAGAUACAGUUUUAGCAGGCGCUGUGGAAUCAUCUAGACGCCCUAGGCAAUUGUUACGACUGUACGUGUCUUCGAAUUUCACAAAACUACAUUUUGUAUUAGACCUAAUAAUGGACUAUAGUUAUUUUUAUAUUUUGUAUAGUGUAUGUCUGUUAUAUGAACUCUUGUAAAUAUAAGUGUACGUACGUGCAAAUUAUGCUACAUUCCAGUGUUUCAGGUAUUUUAAAUACCGUUUUAGCUUUAUGUGUUAUGGGGCCUAAUCAUUUAAUUUGUUAGACGUUAACAUUCGUUCAUCAAUAGAAUAUUAGUAGAUUUAGAAAUAAAGGACUUUGAAACGGAUUUGAGACGCAAUUUAUUGAAUGAAUUAUUUACCCCGAUGUUUCGAUUCAUACUUUACAAAUCAGUCUGCCCGUGACCACGCUCGCUCGUGUUUUAAACCCGUUAAAAAGUAUAAUACUCGCGUAAAGUCAAGCACAAGAAAAUAGUAUAAUAGUGGAUGUUAGUUAGCUAACAUUUUCAAUCAGGUAAAUAAAAUUGAAAAUAUGUGGGUAGUUUUGAGUACUUCAUUAUUUAAGAAUAAGUCUGUCUUUAAAAUUUUCCAUUUCUACAGCGUUGCGAAUUAUGUGAUUCGGCCUCGCUUUAAGUGUUAUUUAAUGCACAAUAUAUGUACCUAAUAUAAGUAAUAAUACUUUUUAGUUUUGUAUAUUAUACUCUUACAGAAGGCUCUAAGUAUUUCGAAUAGGUACUAAAUUAUACUAAACAUUAAUGUUUUCACGUCUUUGGGACUAUAUAUUAAAUGUUAUAUUUAACGUUGACUAGAUGUACCUUGAUAAGGCAUGUUCAUCUCUGUGUAAAUUAGAAUGUUCAAUAAAAUAAUAUCUGACAA